AUGAAUACUCCUCACCUAGGAACAAAUUUCCCAGCUGGGUAUCAUCCUCAAUAUCCUCCAGCAGCAUUCCAAGGACCUCCAGGACAUACUGGCUACCCGGAUUUGCAAGCUGCCUAUCCUGGGAUGCUGGCAAGCUAUCCUGGACCCCAGGCUAACUAUUCAGUCCCACCACCUAGCUAUUCAGGUGCUGGUCCAGUGGGCUCUCCUGUCCAACACCAGCCAGUUUAUAAUCAGCCAGGAGGACAAGCAGGAGUACCAUGGAUGCCAGCACCACCACCUCCAUCAGACUGUCCACCAGGGUUGGAAUAUUUAAGUCAGAUAGAUCAAAUACUGAUUCAUCAGCAAGUUGAGCUUCUAGAAGUUUUAAUAGGUUUUGAAACAAAUAACAAAUACGAAAUUAAGAACAUCCUUGGACAGAGGAUUUACUUUGCUGUGGAAGAUACUGAUUGCUGUACCCGAAACUGCUGUGGGGCUAACAGACCUUUUACCAUGAGGAUUCUUGAUCUUAUGGGUCGAGAGGUCAUAACUCUGCAGCGACCACUAAGAUGUACCAGCUGUUGUUGCCCCUGCUGCCUUCAGGAGAUAGAAAUUUAUGCUCCUCCUGGUGUACCAGUGGGUUAUGUUACUCAGAAUUGGCAUCCAUGCCUGCCAAAGUUAACUAUUCAAAAUGAGAAGAGAGAGGAUGUACUCAAAAUUAUUGGUCCAUGUCUUGUGUGUGGCUGUUGUGCAGAUGUUGAUUUUGAGAUUAAAUCUCUUGAUGAAGAAAAUGUGAUUGGCAAGAUUUCCAAGCAAUGGACUGGUUUUGUGAGAGAGGCAUUUACAGAUACUGAUAACUUUGGGAUCCAGUUCCCUUUAGACCUUGAUGUGAAAAUGAAAGCUGUGAUGCUUGGUGCAUGUUUCCUCAUUGACUUCAUGUUUUUUGAAAGCACUGGAAACCAAGAACAGAGAGCAGGAGUAUGGUAG